GGUAGCAUCAGAUUGCAAUCCGGCCCGAGGAUGAACACAAAACCGCCUUUCAGACCAGGUACGGUCUGUACGAGUUUGUGGUGAUGCCUUUCGGCCUUUGCAAUGCUCCUGGCACCUUUCAGCACGCUAUGAAUCGGAUAUUCCAUGACUACUUGGAUAAGUUUGUCAUCGUGUACCUCGAUGACAUACUUAUUUUUAGUAAGACUAUCGAGGAGCACGUUGCGUACUUGGACAAAGUCCUCAGUCUCCUGCGACAGCACAAGUUCAACGUCAACGGUGAGAAGUGCGAGUUUGGCCGCACCCGUGUCUUGUACUUGGGUCAUGAGAACUGCGCGGAAGGGUUGAAGCCCGAUGACGCGAAGGUGGCUAGCAUUCGUGAUUGGCCACGUCCUCAGUCUGUGACUGAGAUGAGAUCUUUCUUAGGAACGACAGGCUACUACAGGACCUUCGUUAAGAACUAUAGUAUAGUGGCCGCUCCUUUGACUAAUCUGACGCACCUUGACACCCCAUGGGCAGAUGAGUGCGAGGCUGCUUUCAGACAUCUGAAGCAUGCGUUGACACACUAUAAGGUCUUGAAACUUCCUGAUCCUGAUAAGCCGUUUAUAGUCACCACGGAUGCCAGCCAAUAUGGCAUUGGCGCCGUGCUCGCGCAGCAAGAGGGGCCAAAGUUAAGGCCUGUAGAGUACAUGUCCAAUAAAAUGUCGUCUCAGAAGUUGGCUAAGUCCACCUAUGAGAAGGAACUCUAUGCGGUUUACAAGGCUCUGACCCAUUGGAGGCACUAUCUCCUUGGGAGGUUCUUCAUCCUCAGGACUGAUCAUCAGACCCUGAGAUGGAUGAGAACUCAGUCGGUACUCUCUGACGCUCUCAAGCGUUGGAUCGAAGUCAUUGAGCAGUAUGACUUUGACCCUCAGUAUCUGAAAGGGGAGUACAACAAGGUUGUUGAUGCCUUGUCGCAUAAACCUGAUUUCUCAGGUGCGCUGAUUACUGAGUUCGAUCUGACGGACAAUGUUACUCAGUCCUUGGUGGAGGCCUAUCACGAGGACCAGUUCACGUCUGAGAUCAUACGUAGACUUCAGGCGAAGGACAAAAAAAACUCAGCCGAGUUUGAGUUGGUCAAUGGCUUGCUGUUCCUUGAGAAGGCAGGGAAUAAACGAUUGUGUGUCCCUAAUAGCGAGUCUUUGCGUAGCUUAUUUUUAGGUGAGUGUCAUGAUGCCACCGACCAUUUUGGAUACAAGAAGACCGCAGCUAAUCUGCAGCAGCGGUUUUGGUGGCCCACGAUGAUGCGAGAUGCCCAACUGUACUAUGGAGAUUUGUCAAGUCUACCAGAGGGACAAGCCACGUACGCAGGCUCCUCUUGGGUUUUUGAAGCCCCUUCCGAUUCCGGAACGGCCUGGGAUAUCCGGUUUACAAGUGAAUUGUGGAAGGCCGCUGCUGCAGAGCAGGGAACCCGGUUGCAAAUGACUUCUGGGAACCACCCAGAGGCCAACGGCCAGGCGGAGCAAUUGAAUCGCGUUGUACAACACCUGUUGAGGCAUAACAUCAAGCCGAACCAGGUGGACUCUGAUGAGAAGCUUGCUCUCAUCGCCAGCCUGUACAACAAUGCUGUACACAGCGCCACUGGGGUGAGCCCGAACAGUUUACUAUUGACUUUCAAGCCUAGACUGCCCCUAGACUUUCUCCUUCCUGAGAAUCAAUCAACUGCUGCACCAGGUACUUUAGAGUUUGCCUACAGAUAUGAACAGAAAAUGCAGCAGGCGGUAGAGCAGAUGCAGAAGGCACAGGCAGCAAUGAUAGAGUCUGAGAACAGACACCGCCGACCUUCUACGUUUCAGGUUGGGGACAGAGUUUGGGUAAAGUCCUCAGAACUGGGACAGGAGUACGGGAUUUCCCGUAAACUCAUGCCACAGUACUUUGGACCAUGGGAAGUCUUAGAUAUUGUCGGGACUGAUCCAAAUGGGCCAUCUUAUGUAAUCCGAAUCCCAGGUCAUCUUCGUACUUACCCUGUCUUUCACGCCUCCAAACUUGCACCUUUCAAAGAAACUGAUCAGUUUCCAUCUUGCCGCUCAAUGCUGCCCCCAACCUUGGACGGAGAGGUGGACAUUGAUGAUAUCGUGGACCACAAGGAGCUGCAGACGGCAAGACCAACAGGUAGAGGACGUCCUCCGAAACCGAAGCUGUAGUACCGCGUUCGGUUCCGACAUCACACUAAUCCGAAGGAGGACCGCUGGUUCACAAGGGAGGAACUCAUGCAGACCGCUCCG